CAGGCAGGCAGGCACGCCCUGGACUCUCGACUUGACGAAGGAGUAGGGCUGGAGGGAAAAGCAGGCUACCCGGAGGCCAGCCCCACCUCACCUGUGCCUUUUCUGGGGAUCGUUAGUGCAGGGGCCUGUUUCUGCGGGGACCCUGGGCCUGGUGGACAGCAUCGAGGAGGAAGUGGCUGAGUUCAGAGCGUUCUUCUCUACCAGGUCUGGGCCACUACACGCGGCUGCGCCUCGGGCUCAGCCCCGCCCCUGUGGCUCUCUGCCUGUGACUCCCCCAGCCCUCUGGGGAGAUGCUGUCCCGUGGGCAGCCCUAGGCCAUUGGAGUGGCAGCCCCAGAAGCAGGACUGCAGGGCGGCAAGACGGCCUGGGUGCUGAGGGCCGCGGCCUGGGUGCUGAGGGCCGCGUCUGAGGCUGAGCCCUAGCGGUCUCCGCUCGCCCGGACUCCCCGGCGCUACCUUGUUCCCUGUGCCCGCUUCCUCUUGGGGAGCCCCCAGGAUGGUGAGGUGGUUCCACCGAGACCUCAGUGGGCUGGAUGCAGAGACCCUGCUCAAGGGCCGAGGUGUCCAUGGGAGUUUCCUGGCCCGGCCUAGUCGCAAGAACCAGGGAGACUUCUCCCUUUCGGUCAGGGUCGGGGAUCAGGUGACCCACAUUCGGAUCCAGAACUCGGGGGAUUUCUACGACCUGUAUGGAGGGGAGAAGUUUGCGACACUGACGGAGCUGGUGGAGUACUACACGCAGCAGCACGGCGUCUUACAGGACCGUGACGGCACCAUCAUCCACCUCAAGUACCCGCUGAACUGCUCUGACCCGACCAGUGAGAGGUGGUACCAUGGCCACAUGUCGGGGGGGCAGGCGGAGACGCUGCUGCAGGCCAAGGGUGAGCCCUGGACGUUCCUGGUGCGGGAGAGUCUCAGCCAGCCCGGAGAUUUUGUGUUGUCCGUGCUCAACGACCAGCCCAAAGCCGGCCCCGGCUCCCCGCUCAGAGUCACCCAUAUCAAGGUCAUGUGCGAGGGUGGACGCUACACGGUGGGUGGUUCGGAGACCUUCGACAGCCUCACGGACCUGGUGGAGCACUUCAAGAAGACCGGGAUCGAGGAGGCCUCAGGCGCCUUUGUCUACCUGCGGCAGCCAUACUAUGCCACGCGGGUGAACGCCGCUGACAUUGAGAACCGGGUCUUGGAGCUGAACAAGAAGCAGCAGUCGGAGAACACGGCCAAGGCUGGAUUCUGGGAGGAGUUCGAGAGUCUGCAGAAGCAGGAGGUGAAGAACCUGCACGAGCGGCUGGAAGGGCAGCGGCCAGAAAACAAGAGCAAGAACCGUUACAAGAACAUUCUCCCCUUCGACCACAGCCGAGUGAUCCUGCAGGGACGUGACAGUAACAUCCCUGGGUCCGACUACAUCAACGCCAACUACAUCAAGAACCAGCUGCUAGGCCCCGAUGAGAACGCUAAGACCUACAUCGCCAGCCAGGGCUGCCUGGACGCCACCGUCAACGACUUCUGGCAGAUGACGUGGCAGGAGAACAGCCGUGUCAUCGUCAUGACCACCCGCGAAGUGGAGAAAGGCCGGAACAAAUGUGUCCCAUACUGGCCAGAGGUGGGCACUCAGCGUGUGUACGGAUCCUACACGGUGACCAACUGUGGGGAACACGACACAGCUGAGUACAAACUCCGCACCUUACAGAUCUCCCCGCUGGACAACGAGAACCUGGUGCGGGAAAUCUGGCACUACCAGUACCUGAGCUGGCCUGACCACGGGGUCCCGAGUGAGCCUGGGGGCGUCCUCAGCUUCCUGGACCAGAUCAACCAGAAGCAGGAGAUGCUGCCUCAUGCAGGGCCCAUCAUCGUGCACUGCAGCGCGGGCAUCGGCCGCACGGGCACCAUCAUCGUCAUCGACAUGCUCAUGGAGAGCAUCAGCACCAAAGGCCUGGACUGUGACAUUGACAUCCAGAAGACAAUCCAGAUGGUGCGGGCCCAGCGCUCGGGCAUGGUGCAGACGGAGGCUCAGUACAAGUUCAUCUACGUGGCCAUCGCCCAGUACAUCGAAACCACCAAGAAGAAGCUGGAGGUCAUGCAGUCCCAGAAGGGCCAGGAGUCCGAGUACGGGAACAUCUCCUACCCCCCAGCCUUGAAGAACACCCACGCCCAGGCCUUUCGAACCUCCUCCAAGCACAAGGAGGAUGUGUAUGAGAACCUGCACAGUAAGAGCAAGAAGGAGGAGAAGGUGAAGAAGCAGCGGUCAGCAGAGAAGGACAAGAGCAAGGGCUCCCUCAAGAAGAACCUCAGCCCUGAGAAGCCUCCAGAGAAUGUCAGCAGCCUGAACCUGGGAGCUGCCCGCCCAAUUCCAUUGUAAUUUAAACGGUCAUGUUACCCCCUCCCCCUCCCAGACCCUGUAAAUAGCCCAGCAAGGCUCCAGGCCCUUCUACACUGUAAAUAAAGCCUGAGGAUCCCUGUG